AUGGCGGACGCUCUUAAGGAUGCGCCCAUCAAGACGGUGCAAGUCGAAGCACUGGUGGUGAUGAAGAUCGUGAAGCACUGCGCCAACACCUUCCCGACGGCAGCUACCGGGUCCAUUGUCGGCAUGGACCUCAACAGCGUCCUCGAGAUCACCAACACAUUCCCGUUCCCCACGACCGAUAUCGCGAACGUCGACGGCGGCCACUCUAAUGAUGCAUCCGCCCUGGCUUCCGCGGCGCCGCGUGCCAAGAACAACAUCGCUUACCAGGCUGAGAUGAUCCGGCACCUUAAGGAGGUCAAUGUCGAUGCCAACAAUGUCGGCUGGUACACGAGCGCCACGAUGGGUAAUUUUGUCAACCUUAGCUUCAUUGAGAACCAGUACCUAUACCAAAAGGACAACGACAAGACCGUUGCGCUGGUGCACGAUGUCAGCAGAAGCUCGCAAGGCGCGCUGAACCUCCGGGCGUUCAAGUUGACACAGACCUUCAUGGCGGCAUUCAAGGAGGGUAAAUUUACCACUGAGAGCCUGCAAAAGUCGAAGCUCACCUUCAAGGACGUCAUUACCGAGCUGCCCAUUGCCGUCCACAAUUCGCAUCUCCUCACAUCUUUCUUGCACCAGCUGCCCGCAGCUCCCACGAAAGCAGAGGCCGACAUGCCCACAUCGCUCUCCGAUAUCCUCCGCGCCGAUGUCAAACUUCCCAUGUAUCCCUCGGUUGAUACGCUGGACCUCUCGAUAGACCCCUUCCUCGAGAAGACUUGCGAUUUGCUCCUCGACAGUAUCGAGUCGCACUACACCGAGCUUAACAACCACCAGUACUACCAGAGGCAACUGGCCCGUGAGCAAACCAAGAUCACAGCAUGGCAGACGAAGCGAAAGGCAGAGAACGCCGCAAGGGCAGCUGCGAAGCAAACGCCGCUGCCGGAGGACGAGUGGCAGCGAAUCUUCAAGUUGCCCCAGGAGCCUAGCCGGCUAGAGGGCAUGCUGAAUGCUAGGCAGGUGGAGCAGUACAGCAAGCAGGUAGAUGGCUUCACCGCGAACGUAAGCGCCAAGAUGUUCGCCGUCAAAGGGAACUUGUUGCCCGAAUAG